AUGACCGGGUCAGAUAAAGAGUUGGAGCGCGAGCUUCGAGUGUUACAAAGGGCUAAAACCAUCGCCUCGCUAAAUCGCGAUAGCACGUUGAAUCGUAUGAGGGCCAUAGCCGACGUGGCGUCUCGAGUUAAGGAUGAACCCGAGUUGAAGCCCAAAUUGUUAACGGCCGCCCGUGAUUUGGACUCUUUAUGGGAUACAUUUAUGCAACAAAAUGAGGCUUUUUUGAACGCGUUGUUAGAUUUAGACCUGGCCUCAGAAUACUCCACUACGUUGGAAACGGAGGUUCGUACGCUGUACUUUGACGCCCGUGCUAUAGUGGAAGAAUUUACCCCCCCGCCCAGCGAGAGGGCCUUAUCACAUGGUACCGGUCACUUAUCGGGAUCACGCCAUUCCAUCCUGUCAGGUCGUCCUUCACGGCGUUCUCGGCUCCCAGAAAUCCCACUGCCGUCCUUCAGCGGCGAGUUAUGUGGCUGGCCGACGUUCCGUGACCGCUUUACGGAUCUAGUCGUGCUAGAUGAGGAGUUAACAGACAGCGAACGCUUCUAUUAUUUGCUCAGUUGCCUCAGUGGCGACGCGUUAAGUGCCAUUAGCUCCAUCUCGGUAUCUGAUGGAACAUACGAUCUCGCUUGA